AUGGAUAGAAUUCCGUAUGAUAAUACAUAUUCUCCUUUACAUCAAAACAUAAUUUUUUCAGAACCUCCUUCCAUACUUUCUUCUGAACAAAAUGCUCUCACAACCACCUCGCCCACGGUUGUGAAAGGAAAUGGUCAACUAAGAUCGCGGAAAACUGUUCAUGUUAGCAGUAGUUGUAAUCACAAUGGCCGCUAUCUUCUACAAAGACGUCGAGGUUUUAGUCUUGACAGUUAUAGUUACUAUCAUCGUCAUCACCCAUUAUCUAACAUUUAUAGCCGAAAUGAUAGUAAUUAUGAAUUUUUUUGUCACGCUUAUGAACCUCAAUCACCUCUGUCACUAAAUAAAAAACCUUCAUUCCGACCAAGGUCGCCUAAAUAUCCAAUAUAUGGCUAUUCGACAAGUUCUGACGAUAAGCUAUAUGCUUCUUCAAGUAUGAAGCUUUAUCCUGAUUCAAAUAUGAGUAUGGGUAGUAAGGUGGAUGAUGAAAAGAAUAAAGAUUCGGAAAGUUUAAAAUAUGGCAAAGACAUUACUAAAAAAUUCUUAUUUAAUAUUGAAUCAAAGAACGAAAUAAUUUAUCAUAAGAAAAAGUCUUAA